GGAUUAGAAGGUUCACUCAAAAACAACUUUGUCAACUGUAGUUGAGCUAUAGCUACACCAGCCAUGGCAGCCGCAGCUGCCGCCAUUCGUCCUAUGCGACUUUCGGCGCUGACGCGUACACGUUGCUCCAUAUUCCAAACUGCAUAUAAUCCUACAUCAGCACGUACUGGGGCCAAAUACCUUCGCGCACGACUUCGCGGGCCUUCUAUGGUCAAAUACUACACUCCCACAGCCAAUAUCGCACAGAUCAUAAGACAAUGGCCUGAGUUGGAAAUGAGAAACUUUGCAGAGGAGGAAAGGCUGCAAGAUGUAGAUGACAAAAAGAAGAGAGGGAAGGGUGCACCGAAGAAAGCCAAGGACAAAGGUGACAGUCGCCGAGCCAGCAGGAGGCGAUGAUGAUGUAUUGCUGUGUUUUCUUGUUUCAUCGGAGGCACUUAUUAUACAUUGCUCAAAAUUAAUCCAUCACU